CGGGGGGAGCUGAUUGGCUGGCGACCACCCCCCGCGGUUGUCAUGGCGACGGGAUGCGGAGGGGAGGGGGGAGGAGGAGGAGGAGGAGGAGGCGGCGACGUCCGAGGGAGGAAGGAGGAAGGCUGCUGCAGUUUCAGCCUCCAGUUUGGGAACUCGCUGGUGCUGACAAGGGCUGCCCCACCCGCUGCAUCCAUGGCAUUUGCCCCUCCCAGGAGCACCGAUGGCUCCAAAAUGCAGACCAAGAUGAGCACGUGGACCCCCCUGAACCAUCAGCUCAUGAACGACAAGGUGUUUGAAGAAAGAAGAGCCCUCCUUGGAAAAUGGUUCGACAAGUGGACGGAUGGGCAGAGGAGGAGGGUGCUGGUGGAGUUGCUGGAACGCUGCUCCCUGGCCCAGCAGAAAUUCUGCGCCAGGCACCUCCAGGAGAGAAUUCCCGCCGAGGCCGUGGAUUUCACCACGAGGCUUCCUCGAGUCCUGUCCUUGUACAUCUUCUCCUUCCUGGACCCACGGAGCCUCUGUCGCUGUGCACAGGAGAAGGAAGGGAGGAGGGGGGAGCCCGGACCUGAGCCGAAGGGCAGCCGAGAGGAGAAGGAGAGCGGCACGUGGACCCCACCAGCUCCGGAGGGACAAAUCCCCGGCGGCAAGAGAAGGAAGGGAGGAGGGGGGAGCCCGGACCUGAGCCGAAGGGCAGCCGAGAGGAGAAGGAGAGCGGCGCGUGGAUCCCACCAGCUCCGGAGGGACAAAUCCCCGAUGUGGCUUCCUGCAGAUCCUGAGCGUCUUCCAAAGCCACCGGUUCGUCCCAGCUGGGCCGCUCGCGGCUCCAACGGGAACCUUCCCCCCAAGGCCCUGGCCCAGAGCUCCCGGUGGAACGCCGGGAUUCGACCGGCGCCCGUCCGAGCUCCGGCGCCGAAGCCCCGCGGGAGAGGGACUGGAGAUGCCACCAGGAUGGAGAGCAGAGCUCCACCAUCUCCAGUGUUCGAGGCUCAGCCCUGGCACAUUCCUGCAUCCAGCCAAGGAUCCGACUCGGAAUGAGGGGAGGAUCCGGAGCGUCCUUCACCCCAGCAGGACAGAAACUUCUCUGCCUGGCAGUGGGAGAACAAAAUGCUUCUGCUGGUCUUCGGGAUCUCGACCUGGUUUUCCUGUUGCUGGUGCUUUAUUCUCUUCUUCCUUCUGGAUGUGUCACCUCUGAAAUGUCCACUUGGAAUUCUGGCCGCGGUGGAGACGCUCGCUCGGAUCCUCCCUAGGGCUGCUGGACCUCGUGUGAGCUUUUUCCAUGGAUCAUUUGGACAAAUCUCAGGGCACAUCCCACGGCCUGAGCUGCUCUGUGAUGCUUUGCCAGGGAAUCACGGGAGUUGUCUGGCUCUGCGGGGCACCCAUGGGGUUGUGGAAGAUGAGGGAUGACUUCCAGGCAUUGGAAUGAUGGAAAUUCUACCCUCCCUACGACUCGAGUGCUUUAUCCCUACCAUGGUCCUUCAGCUGAGACCUCCAGCUCCU